ACCCGCGUUUUUGAUGACCAGGUGCAUGCUGGACCACCAUGCCUGCGUGCUGAAGUGCUCACGGUGGACGCUCCAGCGGUAUAGUACUCAGGAACGUUUACCGUCAGUGAGGACUUUCUACUCAACGUGUUUGAAACUUUGAGGAGCGCAGUCGGACCAGAGAGACUGGGACUGCUUAUAGUGGGACAGAGUGGCUGUGUGUGGACUGGUUAUACUGGUAGUAAACGAGCACAGAGGUUGAACCUGGAGCAGAUUGUGGAGGACUUCGCGGUGCACAACAAGACUCACACAAAGCCGUUCAGACAGCUCCUGGCUGCAAGUACAAAGGAGGAGGAGCAACACAUGCAGUCACACACAACGCAUAACCUUCCCUAAACCUUAAAGGACCAGACCAGCGGCUCGUCAUACUGGAAGAAACAAAAAGAAGGAUGGCUGUGGAAGAAGGGACUGGCAAGUUAAUGUUGGAAAGAGAGAAGAUGAUCUCCCCAUCGUGUUUUCAAGCAAGCAAGUCCACCGUAGGUUGUAGCCUGCCCACUAACUGGAUGCAAAGACCGCUUUUUUUAUUAGCUCACAACACUGUCUGUGUUGGCCUACAGCAUCUUGGAACACUUGUCAGUUAUCAGCAACUUUCGAAAGUGUGUAGAGCCUUUUCUGUCUCUUCAUGCUUUAAUCAUCUACCCCCAACUGUUCAUGCUGUACAGUUUUCCCAUCAAAUCCAUCAUUUCUCCUUGGUAUCUAAACUCUUCCAUAACGAUCCUCCCCAGCUUUCCCUACAUCAGUAUUUCUCCAACCAGCCAGAUAUGGCAGAACAGAGGUUCAUUGUUGAAUACGCCAAACGCGGUACUGCAGGAUGUAAGAAAUGCAAGGACAAAAUCCAAAAGGGCAUAGUGCGCAUAGGGAAGAUUGUGCCAAACCCUUUCAGCGAGUCUGCAGGGGAGAUGAAAGAGUGGUAUCAUGCAAAGUGCAUAUUUGAGAAGCUGGAAAGGGCGAGAGCCACUACGAAGAAGAUUGAGGACAUCACAGAUCUGGAGGGCUGGGAAGAGCUGCAGGACGAAGACAGGGAGCUCAUUAAUAAACAUGUUUCAGACCUGAUGGCCAGAGUCGGUGCAAGUCCAAAGAAGAAGGUGCAGGCCAAGAUGAACACCUCUGGCCAGCUAAUGUCUCCUCCUGCUGACCCAUCUGUCAACGCUCCGCGCAAGUUCUCAGGCUUUACUGCUGCGAAAGCUGGCAGCUCCAGCAGCCCAGGACCAUCCUCUUCCCCUUCCAAUAUCAGCCAAGUCAGCGCCCUGUCCACCCAGCUAUGUGACCGCCAGCACAAGGACUGCCUCUUUAGAGAGUUUCGCAAGCUCUGUGCCAUGGUGGCAGAACACAACAGCUACAAUGUCAAGACACAGAUUAUUGAAAAGUUCCUCAAGAAGGGCUCAGGUGGAGAUAAGUUCCAUGGAGAUCUUUAUCUGACGGUGAAGCUGCUCCUGCCAGGUGUGGUAAAAAGUGUCUACAACCUAAAUGACAAGCAGAUCGUAAAACUCUUCAGCCGCAUAUUCAAGUGCAACCAGGAUGACAUGGUGCGCGAUCUCGAGCAGGGCGAUGUGUCUGAGACAGUGAGGAUGUUCUUCGAGGAGAGUAAAUCAUUUCCCGCGGCUACCAAGAGCCUCCUGACCAUUCAGGAAGUGGACGCCUCACUGACCCGCCUUGCCCAACUGACCAAGGAGGAUGAGCAGCAGACUGAGCUGGAGGAAAUUGCCAAAAAAUGUACCGGUAAUGACCUAAAAUGCAUAAUUCGUCUUAUUAAACAUGACUUGAAGAUGAACUCCGGAGCAAAACAUGUCUUAGAUGCAGUGGAUCCAAAUGCUUACGAUGCCUUCAAGGCCUCGCGUAAUCUGGGUGAUGUGAUUGAACGGGUGUUGAGGAAUCAGAUGGAGGCGUCUAAUGGCUCAGGACCCAGGAAACUCCUCACUGUGGAGGCCUCGCUCAUGACCCCCGUUCAGCCCAUGUUGGCGGAGGCAUGUAAAUCCGUCGAGUACGCCAUGAAGAAAUGCCCCAACGGGAUGUACUCUGAGAUCAAGUAUGAUGGGGAACGUGUGCAAGUCCAUAAGAACGGAGACCACUUCAGCUACUUCAGCCGCAGCCUCAAGCCAGUGUUACCACACAAAGUGGCCCAUUUCAAGAACUACAUCCCUCAGGCUUUCCCCGGAGGCCACAGUAUGAUAUUGGAUGCUGAAGUCCUUCUAAUUGACACAAAGACAAGUAAACCCCUGCCCUUUGGGACUUUGGGUGUACACAAGAAAGCAGCGUUUCAAGAUGCCAACGUGUGCCUUUUUGUUUUUGACUGCAUCUACUUCAACGGUGUGAGUCUCAUGGAGAGGCCUCUGUGUGAACGCAGAAAGUUCCUGCAUGACAACAUGGUUGAAGUCACCAACAGGAUCCUGUUCUCAGAGAUGAAGCACGUCACUAGGGCAGGAGAUCUGGCUGAAAUGAUAACUCGUGUCAUCAGAGAGGGACUUGAAGGCCUGGUGCUAAAAGACUUGAAGGGCUCCUAUGAACCAGGAAAGCGCCAUUGGCUGAAGGUGAAGAAGGACUAUUUGAACGAAGGGGCGAUGGCAGACACAGCUGACCUAGUGGUGCUGGGGGCCUUCUAUGGAAAAGGCUCAAAUGGGGGCAUCAUGUCCAGUUUUCUAAUGGGCUGUUAUGACCCACACUCCAAGAAAUGGUGCACAGUCACCAAGUGCUCCGGAGGCUAUGAUGACGCCACCUUGGCCCGGCUCCAGAAAGAGCUGGAUGUGAUCAAAAUCAGCAAGGACCCGAGCAAAAUCCCAGGUUGGCUGAAAAUCAUCAAGAACUAUUAUCCGGACUUCAUUAUUCGUGAUCCUCAGCAAGCACCUAUCUGGGAGAUCACAGGCGCAGAGUUUUCCAAAUCAGAAAUGCACACCGCUGAUGGCAUCUCUAUCCGCUUUCCCCGCAUGACACGCAUUCGUGACGACAAGGACUGGAAGACUGCUACCAACUUGCACCAGCUUAAAGAGCUCUACCGCAUAUCAAAGGAGAACUGUGACUUUAAAGUGACAGCUGGACCAUCUACAUCCAACGAUGACAAGGGCUCCUCAGGAGGGGACAGCGGACGAAGCUCCCCGUCGUCUUCGUCCCACGGAAGUGCUCCACUCAAGAAGACCAACAGCACACCCAAACCAAAGGUGGUGAAGUCCCAGCCUCGCACUCCUGGCUCAGAAGCAUCCAGUGCCAAGAAGGUGAAGAAGAGUGAAAGUGUUCAAAGCAAUGGACAAAGCAAAACAACUCAACUACUGGAGCCAAGGAAUGACAAGACGCUGCUGGACAUCUUCAGUGGGGUGAAGCUUUUCCUGCCCGUUUCAGUGCAGGACUUCGACAAACUGAGGAGGUACUUUGUGGCGUAUGACGGAGACCUCGUACAGGACUACGACGCCGCCUCAGCCACGCAUACGCUGGCUGAACCUGAAGACGACAGCAAGGCCCAGAGAGUAUCACCAAGCUGGAUCUGGGAAUGUAUCCGCAAGAGGCGUGUCGUACCUCCCUGUUAACAAUAAUAAAAACAAAAAAAACAUUUUA